CAGUCUCUUCCCAGCGCCGCCGCGGCCGCACGGGUUCCGGCUCGGCCUCCAGAACGCAGUCCUGCGGCGGCGCCGCUGGCGUCUCUGCCGCAGGACCCCACGGUUUCGCGCGUCGUUGGCUUCUGGGUCCUAGCAAGUUUCGAUUUCGCGGCCUUGGGAUUUCCACCCCCUGUCCAAGUAGGGGAAUAGCCAAAAUGUGAUUUCUCAGCCCAAGCAAGUCCUGACUUCAGACAAACACCGGUCUAGCCCUGGCUGCGGUAUCUAGGCGGUAGAAAGUCACCGUUUCCCCAUGCGAAGGCGAAGUUACUCUGUAACUCAUUUUUCAGCAGCUCCGGGUUUCCAGUAGCCUCGGAUUUCUAAUCAUAACAACCAUGGGGUCAGCCUAGCCUCAAGUUUUUUAGUCCUAGCAAGUUCCGGUUUCCUACUGGUAAGACUUGCUUUAGCUGCGCAAGAAACGUUUAACUCCUAUGGAAAUAUGGGUACCAGCGAAUGCGCUUUUUUUUUUUUUUAAAGGUUUAGUGAUGACCAGUUUAGCAGUGUUGGGAGCUUUUAUAACAAGUUUGGUUUCACAAUAUCGAGUCCCGUCUUAGCUAUGCUUGUAUGUUUUAAAACUCCCGUGGAAGUCAGGAAAUGCCGGCGAACGCGAUUUCUCAGUUUUACCAAGCUCUCUUUGACAAUAGCAAGUCCUGCCCAUCGAGACUUUUUCCUCCAGUAGACCAAAUCGGGAUAUAGCAGCUACUGCGAUUUUUUAGACGUAGCUAAACACGUUUAACCGUGGCUAUUUUUGUUUGUUUGUCGUAGCAAAUUAUGACAGGAGCAACCUGCAGGGGUUUAGAUCUGACAGAAAUAUUUUAAUGGUAGGCAUUGCAUUGCUUAGCCAUAUUUGAAAUUUCUUCUUUGUAGGGUUGAUUCUCUGUAAUUUUUGCUAAUCUUAAAAUUAUUUUUGUGUCUUGCUCUGAGGACAGCGUUACCGAUGUGUUUUUCAGUUUUACUUGCAUUUCAGACUUUCAUUAUUUCACAUUUUUAUUUUUAUUUCAAUGUUAUGUUUUUUUCUACUAAUUUUGACCGUCUCGGAUUCGUGCUUUUUGACUUUCAUUCUCUUUUUUUUUUUUUUUUGAGACGGAGUCUUUCUCUGUCCCCCAGGCUGGAGUGCAGUGGCGCUAUCUGGGCUCACUGCAAGCUACGCCUCCCUGGUUCAGGCCAUUCUCCUGCCUCAGCCUCCCGACUAGUUGGCGCCUGCCAACACGCCCGGCUAAUUUUUUUUUUAUUUUUAGUAGAGACGUGGUUUCACCGUGUUAGCCAGGAUGGUCUCGAUCUCCUGACCUCGUGAUCCGCCAGCCUCGGCCUCCCGAAGUGCUGGGAUUACAGGCUAGAGCCACCGCGCCCGGCCUUGACUUUCAUUCUCUCAGGAGGCGGGGAGCCGAGCUCCGUCUUAGCCUCGCUGGUAUCAGGUUCUGGGUGCUGUCUGGCGGCUCCGCUUCCUAUGCGGAGCUGGCGGUUUUGUAUCAGCACGUUUGCCAGUAGCGCCCACUGGGCGUUUUCUCAGUUGCUGCACCCAACGUGACAUUCCCCGUUCGCGGGGUCCUUACUUUCUCAGUGCUGUCACUUUCUCGGUCCUACAACCGCUAGUAUCUCCUAGGAACUUCCUGAACCCCGUUUUGCGGUGCAGAACGGUGAUUGCACCGAGCCGCUGUUGGCACUAGUAAUUCUGUGGUACCAUUAGCCGGCGCUUUUUCUGUCACAACCCAUUAAAACGGGUUAAAACAUAUUAAACCUAUCAAACACAUUGAACGGAUUAAAACACAUUAAAAUGCCACAACACGUUUUUCUGGUACAGCACAUUGAAACGGAGUUGGUUCAUUCCUCCAAACACGUUGCUUAGGUGUGGAAGCACCGCUCUUUUCUAAGAGCACGCGGUUUCUCUUUAGCACCACCCGUUAUGGCGCCGAAACGGGUAUUCGUUUGGCAAUACCAGCGCUAUCCGCUAGGUGCCGGCGCUUGCUAAGUCCAACGCGCCGGUUUCUCGUUCGCAAGGUGGUUAGCGCAGAGCCCUAGCGGGACAGUUUUCCGGUGGCAGCAACGCUCAUUUCCCGGAAACGGGUGGUUCUUGGCCCUUGCAGCGCUCUUUAAUACCUGCGUUCUGUAGCGCUAGUUCUCUGCAAGGUUUGCUUAGUGUCAUUUCAUUUCGGUUUCUUUUCUCGCUAUGUUUUUCUGUCGGAAUUACGGUUCGUUUUGGCUCUAUGUACUCUCUAAAAUGUUAUCGUUUUUCAUUUGUCUACUAAUUUUCGUGCAUUUGUUACUACUGAGUUUCUUAACAUCUGACUGGCCUCCGCCCACGGGCUCUGGAGAGCAUAAAUACUCAGGCUGAUGUUAGUGCGGCAGACUCUCCCUCCUUGAUCAGCGCAAACGUUGGUCUGAGGCUUAAGCGAUGGAGAAACAUUUUCUUGGCUGUGUGAAGCGGGCUUGGGAUGCCGCAGAGGUGGCGCCAGAGCCCCAGGCUCCACCUACUGUGAGUUCAGAAGAUCGUGGGCCGUGGCCUCUUCCUUUGUAUCCAGUACUGGGAGAGUACUCAUCGGACAGCUGUGAUUUGGGACUGCUUUCCAGUCCUUGCUGGCGGCUGCCUGGAGUCUACUGGCAAAACGGACUCUUGCCUGGAGUCCAGAGCACCUUGGAACCAAGUACAGCGAAGCCCACUGAGUUCAGCUGGCCGGGGACGCAGAAGCAGCAAGAGGCACCCGUAGAAGAGGUGGGGCAGGCAGAGGAACCCGACAGACUCAAGCUCCAGCAGCUUCCCUGGUGCAGGCCUCCCCAUCCCGGGGACAGACAGCAGGACACCGAGGUCUGUGACAGCGAGUGCCUUUUGGAACGCCGCCAUCCUCCUGCCCUCCGUCUGCGGCGCCACCUCCCGGGUUUCUCAGACUGCCUGGAGUGGAUUCUUCGCGUUGGUUUUGCCGCGUUCUCUGUACUCUGGGCGUGCUGCCCACGGAUCUGUGGAGCUAAGCAGCCUUAGAUAGCAGCAGAAGGCUUUUCGGAUUCUCCUCCUUGAAAAGAUUCUCAGUUACCAAACGUCUCCACCUAGAAAAUAAAAAUACAUUAAGAUGUA